AUACAGUUUUUAGUUGUUGUUGUUGUGUUGACAUUGAAAUUCAUUCAAACAGUGUAUGUGUUUGUAUGUUAUUAAUUAAUCAACCGUUUGAUUGGCUGCUAAUAAUCAUCCCAAUUAAAGGACAGGGAGUUUGUGAAGGUUAGAGAUAUAUUACUGAGAGAUAUAGUAAAAGAGGAAAGGCCUACUUUUUGCAAAACAACUACCCCCUCCUCAAUAAUACACCUAAACUUAAACCCCAGGAGACAGACAUCAUGUAUCGAUCACUUUACUACUGUAUCGCACAGUCAUCAGCAGCAGUAGCCCUACAACCGCAUCACCAACACUGCCGAAGACAUACAGUACGUGCACUGAACCAACUGUUGAAGACAACAUCGACAACAACAACGGCGACAACCACUAGAGCUAUGUCGACCACCAAACCGGCGGCAGCUGCUGCUGACUAUCGUAUCGAAACGGACACUAUGGGCGAAGUUCGGGUACCGGCCGACCGUUUGUAUGGCCCGCAGACUCAACGAUCGCGCAAUAACUUUCGCAUUGGUGCCGACUCGGAUUUCACCGGUGAACAGAUGCCCAAACCGAUUGUAACGGCAAUGGCUGUACUGAAGAAGGCCUGCGCCCGUGUCAAUCGUCAGUCGGGUGCACUGGACGAACGUUUGGCCGCAGCUAUUGAACAGGCAUGCGAUGAAGUUAUUGGCGAUCGACUAGAAGUUUGCCGUGAGUUUCCGCUGGUCAUCUGGCAGACCGGUUCGGGUACCCAAACAAAUAUGAAUUGUAACGAAGUUAUUGCCAAUCGGGCGGCCGAGAUAUUAGGCGGCAAACGGGGCGACAAAUCGGUUCAUCCUAACGAUCACGUAAACAAAUCGCAGUCAAGUAACGAUACGUAUCCGACGGCUAUGCAUAUUGCGGCCGCAGUCGAGACCAACGCAUCGCUGUUGCCGGCAUUGGAGAAACUGUUGGCCGCUUUGCGCGCCAAAGAGAAACAGUUUGCGGCCAUUAUCAAGAAUGGCCGAACACAUCUACAGGACGCCACACCACUGACAUUGGGUCAAGAGUUUUCCGGUUACGCCACACAAAUCCAGUUCGGUAUCGAUCGGAUACGGUCGGCAAUGGAGCCACGGGUCUACUAUUUGGCUAUCGGUGGCACAGCUGUCGGUACGGGACUUAAUACGGCAGUCGGCUGGGACAGUGCUGUGGCCAAAGAGGUGGCCUCGAUAACCAAGCUAAACUUUCGGGCCGCGCCCAACAAGUUCGAGGCACUGGCCGCUCACGACGCUCUCGUUGAACUGUCCGGUGCACUGAACGUACUGGCCUGUAGUCUGAACAAGAUUGCCAACGAUAUACGUUUGUUGGCCAGCGGUCCGCGAUCGGGUAUUGGCGAACUAAUACUACCCGAACUGGAACCGGGAUCAUCGAUAAUGCCGGGUAAAGUCAAUCCCACCCAAUGCGAAGCUAUGACAAUGGUCUGCGCCCAAGUCCAGGGCAAUCAUGUGGCCGUAACUAUCGGUGCCACUCAGGGACACUUCGAACUCAAUGUAUUCAAACCGCUAAUUGUGGCCAAUGUUUUACGAUCAAUACGAUUGCUGGCCGACGCUUCCGUAUCGUUUACCGACAAUUGUGUCGCAGAUAUUGUGGCCAACGAACGCCGUAUUAAACAACUGAUGGAAGAGUCGCUGAUGUUGGUUACGGCACUCAAUCCGCAUAUAGGCUACGAUAAGGCCGCGAAAAUUGCCAAAAAAGCACACAAAGAGGGACUAACAUUGAAAGAGUCGGCCAUUCAGUUGGGUUAUCUAACUGCCGAUCAGUUUGACCAAUGGGUACGACCGGAGAAUAUGAUUGGACCGAAAAAAUAGUUAAUUAAAAAAAUAAAAUUAUAUAAAGUUUAAUGAAUUGUGAUUAUUAUUAUUAUUAUUAUUAUUAUUACAUAUAGUUAUAAGUUAUUGAAUAAAAUCAAUGUAUGUUGCGAUGUGUUAGAGAUUGCAAUAACUUUAAUCAUAAUAUUUAAUUUUUAGGUAUAAUAAGUAAAAUAUUUUAGUCAAAA